AAACAUAGGCUCAUUUGGCUCGGGACGUAAACAGAGCAUCAGGGAAACGAGGACCAAGGAUAGGAAUAAUAAUAUAAUAAGAGGGACGAGACUGAAGAGACAAUGAUAAUAAGACAAAGAAAGACUGGGAGGUGUAAUAAGGACAAGAAUAGCUGAAAUUCAUCUGGAUGUCAACAGCCUGAGACCGCUUAGUGCUGAAGCAUUCAUUAUUGUGACAGCCAUGUAGCAAGUGAAGGUGAAAUAGAGAAGACACCAGUAUUACAGUAUAAUGAAGGACAUGGAAUUCUACAUUUCUCUCUUAAGUGUCACAGCUGUCCAUGGAGGCCACCUGACCAUCAACUGGACACAGGUAGGCAGUGUGCCCCUGGGCUGGGAAACUCAUCUGGACAAUCCACCUGGAGUCCCAUUGGCAUUCUGCUCCUGUGACUUGACCUCCAACUUCUGUGACCUUAGCUGCUGUUGUGACAAGGAUUGCACCAUCACUUCUGCCAACACCUCCAGCUGCUUGUCUUCUGCCACACAAGGCCAGGGGCAGGAGUUGGCUGCACCCUACAUGUGCAAGUACUUUGGCCCAUUUGCCCCGGAGUGGCGCAGUUUUUUCUGUCCAGUGAAAGAAAACACUCCAUACCUGGGCCUUUUUUAUCCUCCACACCAGAUUAUUAGGGGCUUCCAGAAACUAAUGGCAAGGGUGAAGCAGCAAUAUUACAGUUACAAGGAAGAGGGAGUGGGUGCUGCCAAUCAGGAAUACCUUCACCAUUAUGUGCAUGGGGAGCAAGUAUUGUUGGGGAAGGACAUGGGUGGAACAGAGGUGCAGGGGCCACUACUGCUCCCCCAGCCAGUGUUGGAGGGUGUUUGUGUGGACACUUUCCCUGUGCAUUUCUUGGAGGACAUGAGUCAUAAGUGUAGUAUCAUCAUGACUCCAGAAAAGUGUGAGACUGAGACAACUCUGAGUGCAACAAGCUACCUCCAGCCGUCACAUGGUGCUGCCUCGGGCCCACCCUUAGGUUUCCAGCAAGUCAUAGGAAACCUGAGUAACUUAGGAUUAUUGAAUGCCUCAGUAGAGUAUGAGUGGAUGAAAGAUAUUACAAGCUUCAUCAGGGUGCAGGGGGGAAGCAUACCCACUGACAGGGCUCAAAACACAUCAGCCACCCUUGAGGGGAGCACUGUGCCUUACCUUGAUGUGGACAGUGGCUGGUGUAACAAUGUGGUGUUGUCUGUUGAAUACCACUUGGUAUGGGAGGGACCAGCCAUAAUUGACAUAGCUGCCACCAUUACCCUGGGCAGUAUUCCUGUGGCCCCAGAGGAUGAGGAGGAUGCAUGCACCUUCAAUGAAAAGAACCUAGUAUGUUCAGCACCCACAGCACCAAGGCUUCCCCCUCUCUCAGCCACACCCCAGAUCCUCCUCCUCCAGCACUUCAUGGUCAAGUUCCAUCACAUCAGCACCUCCAGUAAUGCCUCAGGGAACACCAGCGAUCUUGCUUGGCAGGCAAAUGACGGCAGGGCCCCAAGCCUGUCAGAGCGGUCUGGCAACUCUGGCUACCUGACAUUCAGGCCUCUCCUCGCUGGCUUUGUCAUGUACAACAGCACAGAAGAAGAAAACAGCUCAGCAAGUGGCAUACUGUCUGUGGCUUUGAAUGACUCCACAGGGCUCUAUGUGUGGAGGCCAGAUCAGAGUGGGAGCUGCCACACAUCCCGCCUGGAGAAAGUAACCUUUGGGAUAGACAUGAUCUCUUCCUGUCAGUACACCUGGUCUGAUGUGUCCUGUUCUGAUCUCAAGGAGAUGCUAGAGGCAGCUCUUUAUUCACUGGUACAAGCAGAGGUCAUCAGCACUCUUGGUUGGCCUAACAUCACCAAAGAGGAAGACUUCUUGCCUAUUAUUUUUGUGCAGCACAAAGAGAACACCACUACUGGCAGUGGAUGUGAUGUUCCCUCCUCUCUGGAGUACUGGAUCAUCUACCAGGAUGUUCUGGAUGAGCCGGGUCCUGCCCAUGCUGUGCACCAAGUGAUUGGUGCCUCUGCCAGGCUGCACUACCAGACCCUCCAGCUCUCCAACAACACAAGUUCAGGUUCACAUCUCCUUACUUCCAGUGCAGUCUUCUUUCAUCACUCCAAACCCUCAAGCUUGUCCAGAUUCUGGGAAGCCAUGGAGGACCGCUGGUGUGAGAGAGAAACUUGCUGGAGGGAAAUACUGUGGCCCUGGACUCAUGGUUUGUCAAGGACAGGGUGGGUUGGUGAUAUCUACCAGUCUGGUUUUCUUGCCGACUUGCUGGCUCAGUCCCUCCUUGGCCUGGCAGUGUUCUUUCCUCCACUUGUUGUCAUACUCAUUCAAGGCUGUAGGCUCUUGUGGUGAGUGUGUGUUCUUACCUAAUUGUAUUUUUACAGUCUUAUAGGUCAUCACAUCCUUCAUAUUAGUUGUGUCACAUCUGGGUAUAAUCACAGUAGCCCUCACUUAAUGCUGCAGUCUUGUAGCUCCCUAUCAUAGCCAUCACAUUAGAGAUACUUGACUUUUUGACAUAAUUGUAGUACCGCUCACUUAAUUUAAUACUGUUGUCUUGUAGGUCCCUAUCAUAUCCAUCCCACUUUUGGGUACACCACUGGUUAAUCAAUGUGGCAUCAGUCACAUAAAAUUUACUUACCUCCAGCCUAGUCAAUGGAGUAUCAGGUGUGUAAUAUUUCUCUGGACUGUAUUCUGAAACUCCUCCUCUACACCUUCACUACUUUCAGAAGGCUCCAGUUAAAGCUAUAUGAGUUUUUAAAGAUGUUUUUUUCUGCUUCUAGUGACAGAUCAACAAGGUUUAUACAUUUUUAAAAGGAGAAAGUCUUUGAGAAUCUGGCUAAUCAUCUCUGUGUGGACUUUGAAAAUAGUUGUAGUGAGAGAGCAAAGCUCUAAAACUUAAAGCUGUGAAUGCUCUUUGCACACACUUCAUCAGUCAAUGACUAUAUUUCCUUACAUCUUCCUUUUCCCUUAUGUGUGUGUGUGUGUGUGUGUGUGUGUGUGUGUAUAAUUAUCAUGAACCUAUGCCUGUGGAUUUUGAAGACAUUUCCAGCUGCAUUAUGAAAUAGUGAUCGUAAUGAUCUCAGAGACUAUUGUGUUCAGUGUGCCUUUCAGUGCCUUUGUAUCUAUUCUAGUCUACAAAGUCAGGUGUAAUGUUUGUUUCUGGGAACUCCGCAAGGGAAUGUCCAUGGUGGGAAGUGUCCAUUCUAGUCUACUUCGGUGUAAUGUUUCUGGAAAGGGAAUGAUCAUGGUGGGAGAAUCUCUAUGUGGAUAUUUUUCUGUAUCCUGAUCCCUUUACAUUCCAGUCUUCUCAUUGGUUCAUGCAUACUCAUCACAGUAGGAUAUAUUAUUUAAACUUUUUAUUUUAGUUUGUUUGUAGAUGGAAUUUCAAGAGAAGUGAGAGAUAGAUUUUGUAAGAUUGAAGUGGAAAUGUGCAUAGUUGAUGUUCAAUGGAAGUUUGUUUCUAUGCCAAGCCAUGUCAGGGCAUUUAUGAAUGAUCUGUGAUGAUGUAUUACUGCUUCAUGCUUAAAAAAAUUAACAGAUUGCUAUGAAUAGUAACUAUAAGAACAGAAGUGGAAAGUAACAAAAGGAGUGACACUGACAGACAGUAAGAGGUGCAAAAUAAUUCAAAGGAGAGUAAAUAAUAUGUAUCA